UAGAUAAAAUCAGAAAGAAAACAUCAUCUCUUUCGUUUUCUUUUUCUUUCUUUUUUCAAAUUCCGGCAUGGAUGGUACUGGUAAUUAUUCAUCUUCUUCAUCAGGAUUGGACAGAAAUGUGGAUGUUGGAGCAGAGAGGAAGAAUAAGAAGAAGAUCAAACCAGAUUCAUACAAAAAAAGGAAGGUGAUUCAGAAAGCUUCUGUGAUGAAGGUUGAAUCUUCAACUUGUAAUGUGAAGCAGAUGAAGAGUGAAGGUCCUCCACCUUUAGAUUCUUGGACAUGGAGAAAGUAUGGCCAAAAACCCAUCAAAGGUUCUCCUUUUCCAAGGGGUUAUUACAGAUGCAGCACUUCAAAGGGUUGUUCAGCAAAGAAACAAGUAGAGAGAUGUAAAACAGAUUCCUCCAUUAUAAUCAUCACUUACACUUCAGAUCAUAACCAUCCAUCUCCUCAUCAGUCUUCUUCUUCUUCUUCUUUAAUAACCAAUCCUAAUCAUUAUGAAGAACUUCCCAUCACCCCAAGAAAGGAAUAUCAAGAUGCAGAACAACAAUUUUCGGAAGAGCAAACUUUUAUCAUUAGUUCAACAACAGUUGAUCAUGAACAUCAUGAACAAGAACAAGAAGGCCAUGUUUUCCAUUACUUGUAUUCUCAAUCUCCAUUGUUCAAUCAUAGCAGUCUUGUUAUAAGAGAUGACGAAGACCCAUUUGGUGAAAACUUACUAGACAAAGUAGUAGUCUUUGAUGGGGAAAUUAUUGAUGAUUAUCAUCUCUCGUUAGAUGAUGAUGAUCAUCAUCAUCAUCAUCAGUUAUCGCUGCCAACGGUCACAUCCCAUCAGGAGAAUGAUGGCUUCUUCGAUGAGCUUGAGGAAUUAUAACUUUGUUUUAGGAGAUCCAUUUUUAGUUUAAUCUCUGUUCAUAUCAACCCUAAAUGAGGACUAAUAAGUUUCUAUUUCUAAUCCCUCCGGACCCUGUUUUAUCUCUGAGUUCGAUCGGUGUUUAUAAUAAUAUUUACUAGUUUGGAUGAAUGA